GUUGUCUGUUAUUACAAAAGGUUGGGACAAUGUGGAAACUAAUUCUGAAUGGACGUGUUAUUAUUAUUUUAUGACUACCAACCGGAAUAGUUAACUUCCUGCUAUUAGCUGUCAUGGGUCCCAUCGUAGUAGACUCGUGUUGCUGAUGUACAUGGAUAAUGACAUUAAUAUUUGUUAAUCUUCUCAACAACUAAUCAUUUAGUUAAACAGAAAACAGUUUAUGGAAAGGUCAAUUUUAUUCUCUACUUCUUUGUUCUGUUAAUUGACAUAAUAUAUAAACUAAAACAUGAUCAUCUCAUCCAUCCUCAUCCACAUUAUUAACUAGCUUAUAAGCUUCGAAAAAAAUAAAAAUCGAAACCUAAAUAACAGUAUAACAACAAACACAGCAGCAUUCUCCUUCUCCUCCUGCAAUACUUCGAUUCUACUAAUAACUCGAGACGGUAUGGAAGGAGGAGAAUGGAGCAAUUUCAAUGCUGCUGUGUGUGUCAACGAAGAGGCUGAUUUUAUGGCUCAAUUGUUUCCUAAUCCUAACGACGUAAAUCUCAAUUACAGCCAUCAUCAUCAUUACCACAUUAUUGCUAAUAAUAAUAACAAUAAUAAUAAUAAUAACAAUGCAGAAGGUGGUUCAUCUUAUUAUUCUUCUGAUUCCACCUCUAACUCUCAAAAUAUGUACCGUUAUUCGCAAGAGAGUAGUUAUAAUAGGAGCAGUCAUGAUCAUGAGGUUCAUUAUCACAAUUAUUUUGGUGAUAAUAAUCAUCAUCAUCAACAACAAUUAGCAGCCGCGGCUAGUAAUGCAUCCUCGUUGCCUAUUGAGUUUCUCCAGUGUCAUAUGGGUGAUCAUGACAAUGGCGCGAUCAAUGAUGCAGACGUCGAUGAAGAUCAGUCUCAGUUGGAUCCUGCUGCUGAGGAUAAAAUUUGUGAUUCCUCUUACAAUUCUAAGAAAAGAGGCAGAGUUUUAGAGGGUGUUCAAAAGGGAAAAAGGAGUGUAAGGGUGAAAAGAAGUCAGAGUCUAUCGGCCUUAGGAGGCGAUGAUGAUGAGAAGGAAAACGAUGGAAUAGCGGUGAAUAGACAGAGCUCAAGCAGUGGUAGUUUAGAGGAUGAUUGCAGCUCUAAGGGAACUACGACGACGACGACAACGACAACGACUGUUCUUAAUUCCAAUGGUAAAACAAGAGCCAGCAGAGGGUCUGCUACUGAUCCUCAAAGUCUAUAUGCAAGGAAAAGGAGAGAAAGAAUUAAUGAGAGAUUGAAAAUCUUGCAAAGUCUUGUGCCCAAUGGAACUAAGGUUGAUAUCAGCACCAUGCUUGAGGAAGCUGUGCAGUAUGUCAAGUUUUUGCAACUUCAAAUCAAGCUACUAAGCUCUGAUGAGCAUUGGAUGUAUGCACCAAUUGCUUACAAUGGAAUGAACAUCGGGCUCAAUUUCCAGUUUAAAUAACCUUCCUAGAUGAUCUAAUUAAAAUCGCGACAAAAAUGUUCCCUUGCAAAUUUUGUUCAAGAUAUACGAAGUAUACAAUCUCACAUGUAAUUAAGUAAAACUUUAUACUCCUAUACAAAGUUUUCUUCCCAUUAUGUUGGGUAGGGAAACAUAACAAAUCUCAUAAUUUGUUUCAUUCAUUCUUGUAAUCCUUUGUUUUAUGAUUUUUUGUUACUCCAUACUAUUAAAAAAAAUAAUAAAUAAAAAAAAAAAAAAGAAUAUGAAAAUUUAUUGUCUACAUAUUUGGGUCAAUGACAAAUUAUUAGAUUUAGUC